AUGGACGUUCUGGCGGAGCUCAAGGCACAGUCGACACAGCUACGUGAAGCUUCGUAUGGCUCAGAUCUGGUGUAUGACCAACAGAUUCGCACCAGCGUGACGUCUCUGAGACAAGUCAUAUCCGACGAGUCUUUGGGCGACUUAGCCCGGAGUAACUCUCUUUUGAAUAACAUCGAUCCCGCUGCGGACUCCCUGCUCUAUCUCUUUCUUCUUCGCUUUCAAAUACGAAUCCUUCAGAAAGAAACCCGUCAACCCCUGCCAGCCGCUCUGCUUCCCAUGGGAGAAAUCUGGCCUCGGAUUGUGUCAUAUCUGGGCUCUUUUGAUUCGGUUCAAUCACGAUACGUGGGUGAAGAAUGGCGCCAGCUGGUUGAGCUUGUAGCACACAUUGCACAGGCCUGCUCUCAGCCUCUGGUGGCUGUCAGAUUGAUCAGAGACGCCAUGCUGCGGCUCGAUCCCUCGUGCAUCGUUCUUACCUCCACUCACCUUCUUCUGGUCCGUCUUUGUCUGCGCGCUCGAGCAUAUUCCUGUGCGCUACCAGUCCUGGACAGAUACAUCUGCCACUUCCCUUCAUCCAAAUCCCGAGCCGACGAUGCUUCUUCUCCCCUUCUUUGUGCCUCGCAUGAUUCGAGCUUGUGCUUUAUUACGGAUGCGUCUGGGCUCUCGUCCAAGUUGACAUACAAGGAUUACUUGCAAUACUACUUAUAUGGUGGUAUGAUCUAUCUGGCCCUGAAGCAGUGGACGAAGGCGGUCCACUUUCUCGGAAUUGUCAUUUCAAUGCCCACGACGGGUUCCGUCAGCAUGAUCAUGGUGGAGGCUUACAAGAAAUGGAUAUUGGUAAAUCUGUUGGACAAGGGCAAGGUACCAUCACCUUCAAGUUUGGUUGCUCCAAACGUUGUGCGGGUCUAUCAAUCACUAGCGAAGCCAUAUGUGAACUUGGCCGAGGUAUUUGAAGGCGGAGAUAUCAGCCGCUUGGAGGCAGAAAUCGAUGCUGCUCAUGAUGUCUGGCGUGCUGACAAUAACUUGGGUCUCGUUUCCCAGGUCCACAGUGCUCACACGAAAUACACGGUCACAAAUAUCACAAAAACGUUUGCGGCCUUGACGGUUCGCGAGCUACGAAAACAAGCAUGCUUCUCACGGGAGACCGAAGAGGCCACUGAAUCAGCCAUUGCGUCCUUGAUCAUGUCGAACGCCAUCUCGGCGACGUUGGUGCAUUCUACAGACCCAACUAAAUCAACGAUGGUCCGAUUCACAGAUGGUCGAUCUGCGGCUCGACUCGCCCACGAACAGGAGAUCCAGGUUGAACUGGCGAGGGAGGGCCAACUUCUUCGGACACUGUCGAAGAGCAUGGGUGACGUGGAUUACCAAUUGGGACUCAGUAAUGAAUUCAUCGAUAGUUUGCAGAUGUCCCAAGGUUGGGCGGUGGUUGGGGAAUCUCGAACCGGGAAAUCCGAGGAUGCCGGAGUGGAGAUAGACGAAGAUUUGAUGGGUGACGAGGCAUGA